AUGCUCAGUUUAGUGUUUAUUGCUAAAGGUUUUUAUUUUCUUGGAAGAAUGCAUGUGAUCAGCACAGGGCCAAUCAGCACUGUCCAGACAGAGAGUUCAAGGGUUCUGCAUCCUCCUAGAGCAGAAAAAAACUCCUCCUACAAGCUUUAACCAGUGCUCUGCUGGACACUGAUAGAAGUCACAAGACUGCUCUAACUGCUGAUCAGAAAAGGUAUUUAGCAGUUUAUAUUUACUACAAUAAUUGCACUUCCAUGUUCUGUGUACUGUGGGAGACCAGAUAUAGUGAAUGCAGGGUCCUGGG